AUCUAAUGUGAUUUUUUUAAUUACAAAAUUAUGUCAAUCAAUUCAUCACAUAUCUCAGUUUAAGUUGGUCCACAUUAUGAAGGAGAAGGUGCAUUCAGUUUAAGGUAAUAAGUUAUCUUUAGAAUUAAGUUUUAAGGCUCUUAUUAAUAAACAAGCUGCAACAUAACAAUUAGAAUAUUUAUAAAAAUAAACAGCCGAUAAUUUAGAUACAUAAUGGGGAGUUGUAUUUGCAUUCAAGACAAUAGAUGGAAAAACUUAAGAAUUAGUGAAAUUUCUUAAUGAGACAUUUAAUCCUAUCCUAGAAGAUGAAGAUCUUAGGAUGAAAACUCACUUGUAAGGAACAACUUUAUGGAUAUCAUUUUAUAAACCUGUUGAAAUUGAAUAAAUCAAAGAUGCAUUUAAUAUGAUCUUUGCUGGAGGUAAAGAUAUAUUAUUUAUUUUUUUCAGGUUUUGAAGAAUUUGCUGAGAAAAAUGAAAACUCAAUUUAGAUGUUAUUAUCAUCCAAUACAGAUUUUACAUUAGCAAGUGAACUUCUUAAAAAAGGUGACAGAUUUAUGUCAGUUAUUAUGAAGAGUCUCAAAUUUAUUAUGAAAUUUGAUCUUUCUUAAGAUUUAGCAUAAACAAUUUAAAAUGUUCUUGAAAAUUUUGAACCUGAUCUUGCCAAAGAUCCUCAAAUGAAUUUGUUUCUUAAAUUUAAAAAUUUUAAGGUCGAUUUAGAAUACAAGAGUUCUGAUGAUUGUCCUGAAUUCAUAAGAAAAAAUGGGUUCUAUGGAAAAAAAAUUUCAUAAUGGAUUCAAAAUGGAGAAGCAGUAGUUUAAGAUGAAUAAGCUGUACUCAUUAUAAAACAAAUUUAAGAAGUAAUAAUUACAUUGAAUUUUAGAAUUUGGCAAAUUUGGAAACUGAUUUCUAUUUUACAAUUCCAAACUUUUUGGCUAUUAGUGGAAAUGGUAAAUUUCAAGGUAUUGGUUAAUUUUUAUUGGAUAAUGGAAACAUCAUUGAAAAACUGUGAUAUCUUUAUGAGAUGUUUGAUUUUACAAAUAUAAAUAUUAUUGAAAUAG